UCUUGGGCUAACUGAACUGGAAAUGGAACGGUUAGCUAAUAUGGAAUUGUACCAGUCAGAAGCAUCUCGAAUGGAUUUAUCCACAGCACUCGUUAAUAAGACUACUGUGCGCACUACUCUUUCUGCGGCCUUAUCUGUUGCAAACUUUCUUGGAAUAAAAAUCGCAGUAACCGGCAGUCUCAACGGUGUACAACGGAAUGCAAACAGCGAGGGGACUUAUGCCAUUAGUUCUUCUAUUCCUGAAAUAGGCCGCAACUCUGUUAGCGUUGUUUGCUCUGGCUUAGGACCAACUGUCCACUUAGACAAAACAAUGCAAUUUCUUACCACUGCAAGCGUCACAACUGCCACCUACGGAAAUACUAAGGAUUUGCCCGUCUUCGGCUGCUUUAAUAGUGGGGGAAGGGCUCUCUCUACUAUGCAUUCGACAAGCAUUACCGAUAUAGCUCAGUUGGUGCUUGCUCACAUGGACUUGGGGCUAAAGGGGUUAGUGAUUUUCGUUCCAGCCUCUCCUCCGAAUGCACUGGAAUUUAGUACCAUAGAGGAAGCUUUACGCCAGGCAUUGACAGAAGCGGAAUCUGAAAAGUUUACUUUUACCGAGGGGAAUCAGUUUUUAUGCGCGAGGGUUUUUGAAAUUGUGGAUUUUCCGGAAAGUUUUAUUAGGGAUCUUUACGUUUCCAGUGCUAUUAAAGGCUCAGAAAUUGCCAUGGAGUUAUGGAAAAUAAAAGGGUCAAGCCAUCUCUAAACGGCAGGCAUCAACUUUAAAUUCUUCUAAGC